UCCCCACCUCCUCCUCCUCCUCCACCCUCCUCUCGCCCGGCCCACAAACCCCCCGCCCGGUGCCCGCAGCCCGGGGAGUAACGCAGCGAGAGAGCCGCCUUCCACCCGCCGUGCAGCAUGGAGGAGUUAGCCAGAGAGAGCAUCAGCCUGCUGGCUUCAGCCUCAGCCAAGCCCGCGCUGGACGUGUCCGCCGGGCCGCGGCUCGGCUCCGUGGGAGCCAUCUUCAUCAUGCUGAAGUCCGCCCUGGGCGCCGGACUCCUCAACUUCCCCUGGGCCUUCGAGAGAGCCGGGAGCAUCCGCAGCGCCGUCACCGUGGAGCUGGUUUCCCUCGUCUUCCUGAUCAGUGGUCUCAUCAUCCUGGGCUACUCCUCCUCCAUCAGCGGCCAGUGCACGUACCAGGCAGUGGUGAAGGAGGUGUGCGGCCCGGCCAUCGGUCAACUGUGUGAGAUCUGCUUUGUCUUCAACCUUUUCAUGAUCUCUGUGGCUUUUCUGGUCAUCGUGGACGACCAGCUGGAGAAAUUGUGCGGCUCCAUGUAUGAGCUGAUAACUGGUUUGCCCGAGUCAGACUUACCGCACCACUUCUACACAGACCAGCGCUUUGCUCUGGUGAUGCUCUGCGUCCUCCUCAUCCUCCCGCUGUCCAUCCCCAAAGAGAUCAGCAUCCAGAAAUACAUCAGUGGUCUGGGCACUCUGGCUGCGACCUACCUGACUGUAGCCAUCAUCGUCAAAUACCACACCAUGCCUUCUGGUCUGGUUCACAUCACCCCUCUCUACAGCAGCGGGAUCAGCUCCUGGGCCUCCAUGUUCAGCGUCAUACCCACCAUCUGCUUCGGCUUCCAAGUGAGUGAAGCAACAUGUUCUGUUUUCACAUAGGAACGUUCGAGACCUGGUGAACAUACGUAACUGAGACCAGUCAGGAGAAAAGUCAUGGCAUCACUAUCUUAUCAUUAUCUCAUUCUCCUCUUGCUUCGUUAAGUUGUCAGAUCCGUCUCUGAGAUUUCUGCCUUUGCUCCAAAAUAAUCAGACUUAAAUGGAAUUUCAUGUUUGAAAGUACACUUAAAUUUGUUCUU